AAAGUGGGAAGGAAGACCCAUAUUCGGCAAGGUUUUGGUUGGUGAGCUGCAUAUCGUCGCUUGGAAUUUCGUGUGAUCAAACAUGGCGACAUUUGCGCCAUCGAUCACCGUCUGCAGCAGCAGCAGAAGGAGUCGCAGCAACGAAGCAAGGAAGGACUGUGCGAUGGGAGCGCGCAGUCGACAUGACGACGACGAGGGGACGAUGGCAAUGGCUCCGUGAGGGUGGAGCCGCCGUACGGGACGCAGUCUACCACGUAAGAGUUUGGGCAGUAAAGUCUGCGAGGUGCACGCAGUCUUCGAGCUCCCCGUGCUGCUGUCUGUCUGGAGCUCGCGAGCGGGAGGAGGUGUGUCUCAGAAUGCGCUGCGCAUCCAUCGCCUUCAGAUACAGUGGCGCACUCUCGCGCUCGGCGGCCCCUCCGUUGGGAAUCGUCCCCCGCGCAGCCUGCGACUUCGUCAAUGCGAUGUUCCGAGCUUCGUGAGCCUCGGCUUACUUAGAGUUUGUGUGUGUGUGUGUGAGUGUGUUUUGGGAGAGAGCGAGAGCGAGCGAGCAGGUGGAUGCCGAGCGUCGAAGAGCAGAGUCACUGUUUGGCACAUGCCGCUCUUCUUGCCCUCUUGGUGGUGGAAUUUUUCCACUCGAAAAACCUUGCCUUUUGUUGCUGUUUUUAUCUCAGGGACGGUACCUCUCGGCGAGGUGAAGGAGCGGAAGAGGACAUGCAUGGAUUUUCGGCGUCUUUGUUUGCUCGCAGCGGGAAGCCUCGGUUGCGGGACCUGGCUCGGAAUAGGAUUUGAAUACAGCGUGUGAUAUUGGAUUUGGACAGGAAUAUAUUGGUCACUUAGAUGGGAGGAUCAGACAAGAGCACGAGACCGACGGGGUGUAGAUAGAGGAUCGAAAAGGGAGUGCUGCCAUUGAGCUCAGCAGGCAUGCUUGGCUGAGAAACUUUAGGUUUUGUUGCAAGUAGCGAAGGAUUUUAGGGAUUCUCGUUCAGGUGUAGUUUCAGGGAGAGGUGAUGGCAUCAUCUUUGUACCAAAACAAUGCACCGGGAAGGCCUCCAGGACCGGGAGGACCACCUGGAGGAGGAUAUCGUCCGAGUACGGGGCCGCCUGGUCCACCAGGACCUCCAGGACCUCCUCCGUUGCCACCACCACCAGGUGCCUACAAUCUCAAUCCUUACCCUCCACUACCACCACCACUGCCCGGUGGUUACAACCCAAAUCCCUAUGCUUCUGCUGGUGCACCACCACCACCACCAGGCCCUCCGCCAGGUCCUCCACCUCCUCCCGGACCCCCUCCUUACGGUGGAGCACUUCCUCCACCUCCACCAGGUCCACAACAGCUUCCUCCUCCACCUCCUCAAGGUCCGCCACAGCAACUUCCCCCUCUCCCACCACCUGGUUCACAGCAGCACAUUCCUCACUAUCCACCUUCUCAUCCACACGCACAUUCUCAUUCCCAUGCACACCCCCAUGCACAUUCCCAGCAUCAGCACCCCCACCAACCUGGCCAUGUACCAAUGAAUCAACCUCCUUACCCAAAUCAAGGAAAUGUCAACCAAGGUCAUAAUAUGGGAUUUGCCAACAAUUCCUCAUUAAAUCGCCCAAAUGUUCAGCAGGGCCCUAUCCAGCCCCAUCGUCCUUCUGGCUCAUCUCAUGCCCAUAUGAUGGGAGCUGUCAACCCUGCGCAAGUGAGGAGUGUCGGCGGACCAGGUGCCUCCUCGUCUUCGAGAGGAAAUAGUUUAGGCUCUGCAUUACCGCAUGGCAGAAGGUUGGAGACUCCAGACGAGCGGCGAGAAAGAAAAUUGAAGGAGUAUGAGAGGCAUAAAGCGGAAGAGAGACACAAGGAUAAGAGCAGAGUGCUCGCACAUCCUUCGUCAUCCAAGUCAGGACCGAUCAAUGGAACUAAGGACAACAGGAUUGAAAGACGAUCUAUUCCCGCCGCUGACAAGAUUGAAAAUCGGCUCAAGCGACCAUCGACUUUCCUAUGUAAAAUAAGAUUUAGGAAUGAGUUACCAGAUGCCAUCUCACAACCGAAGUUGAUGCACAUCAACAACGACAAAGAUCAAUAUACCAAGUAUACUAUCACGACAUUGGAGAAGAACUACAAACAUAAGCUUUUUGUGGAACCUGAUCUUGGCAUUCCUCUAGAUCUUUUGGAUCUGAGUGAAUACAAUGCCCCGCGGGUAAAACCUCCCAUGGACCCAGAAGAUGCUGUAUUGCUAGUGGACGAUGAAGUUGUUAACAGAAAGGAGCCACUAUCCAUGAGGAAGAAGGAUAGACCAACUGAUAAAGGAGUUGCUUGGCUUGUUAAAACCCAAUAUAUUUCGCCACUCAGCCUUGAUCCAGCGAAGCAGUCCAUGACUGAGAAACAAGCCAAGGAGUUAAGAGAGCAGAGAGAAGGAGAAAGGCUUCUUCGAGACUUAAACGACAGAGAUCAACAAAUCCAAGCCAUUGAGGAGUCUUUUAAAGUGUCCAAGCAACCUCCAGUUCAUCAAACAAAGCCGGAGUUGGAGGCGGUUGAAGUUUGGCCACUCUUACCGGACUUCGACAGGUGGGGUGAUCAGUUUGUCCACAUGAUCUUUGACACUGAUCCAACUGGAGAAUCAGCUCAGUUAUCAAAGUUGGAUAUUGAGAUGAGAGACGAGAUCGAAGCUAGGGCUAUUGUGAAGAGUUAUGUGCUCCCUCCUCCUUCUGAAGACCAGAAACCCGAGAAGUUUGUGGCCUACCUGAUACCAAAAGCUGAAGAGCUGGACAAAGAUAUUUAUGAAGAGGACGAUGAUAUACAGUACACGUGGGUUAGGGAGUAUCAUUGGGAUCUUAGAGCCGACCACCAGGAAAGUACUUACGUUUUCUGCUUUGGAGAAGACUCUGUCACUUAUCUUCCUCUGCCUUCCAAACUCAUCUUACAAAAGAAGAAGGCGAAGGAGGGACGCCCCAAGGAAGAAGACUUCGACAACCAGUUUCCUGUGCCGUCUAGGGUAACGGUGCAUAGGAGAGAUUUAACCGAUGAAGAACUGAGAGCGAGAGACGAAGCCAAACACGCUUUUAUGGAGGGACGUGCUCGAGGUGCCCCCGAUACCGGCCGAAAGCGCAGGAGGUCACCAGAAGCUAUGAUGUCGUCCCUCAAGAGGAAAGGUGUGCGGGAGGAGGCCGUCUUAAAUCGGGAGGAUGUCAGUGAUGAUGAAAUGUCAGUCUGAGGCAAACCUUUUGUCCCGAGCACAUGUGUUGUCCCACAAGCAGAUACUGGAUGGAUGAAGGGCUUUGCUGCUUAAACCAUGUAUGAUUAUGCAGGUGUUCAGUCUCACAUGAUGCAAGAGACUGGACUGCCAUGCAAGGAUUAUCUGCUGUUGACUGUUGGUGAAAUUUGGUCGUUGAGUUGGCUCACCCAGCCAGUUGAUAGCAGUUGAUUUGUGGAAGAUUACUGAUUGUAACAAAACAAGAUCUGUGGGUUUCUUGUGAUCUUCAAGAAGAGCAACCCCUUCCGAAGGAGAGUGUUGUGAAGAUUCUCAACGUUUAUCGUACAAUAGGUUUCAAAGAAACUCGGAAUUGUCGGACAACUUAGGUAGAUUGUAGGCAUCACAUGGGUUGGGUGGUGUUCUAAUUUUUUCCCACCAAUAUGGGGCUCAUUUCACAAGUCGCAAGUCACAGGCAGUAAAGCUGUAAAGAAAAUGUUGAAUCACUUGCUUGUACUUGUCAGAUCAUAAUGUAUGUGG